AUGUCCGUUAUGCUGUCUUUAAUAGCCAGCCGGCAGAAGAAAAAGCUCAAGGAGCUCCAGUUUGUGCGACAGAAGGCUUCCAAGUAUCAAGCUAUAGUCCAUACUGCGCAGGCACAGGCUCUGGCAUCGCAGCUUAAGGUCGAGAAUUAUGAGAAAGAGAAUCUUCGUCUGUCUACUGCCGUGGAGCAGUGGCGAAGGAGUUAUGUCGAACUCGCUAAUAACCACCACAACUCAACUCGUCCAAGCCAGUAUCCCAGUUCACCUACCAAAGAGUUAACAAAGCAUGUUCAGAUAGUGCCACCAACAAAUUGGCAGAAGCCUGGCAAUUCACCUCUCAGGCAUGUAGAGUCAGUCUCACCGGUAAGUUCCACAGCUACAAGCGAAUACGAAGGCUUCUCCGAGAGUGCACCGCCAAGUGAUGGUUACUGUGGCUCCGAUGACCAGUCCUUCACUGCCAGAACAGAGCGGAUGAUGGCGGAAAUCCGUGCUGAACAAGAUGCCUCCAAUCGCGUGGCCGACAAGCCACCCCAGAUUCCAGCUUCCUCCCUAUCUUUUUGA